AUGCUCAGUGAGCGUAGCGUUCCUCCUUUGCCAGAUGGAAUGCCCAAUCCGAGCGAGGAGCAAAUCGAAGACAUCGAACGCAGAGCGCGCGGCACUCUCCCCAACACUCCUCCGCCUUCCACAAUCAGUCCGGAGGGAAUUGUCAGUUUGCAGCUGAUUGCGUUCAACGAGCUCUUUGAAGUGGCUUACUUCAAUGAGCUUCUGCUGAACGUGACCAACAACGUUCCAGGAUAUGAGAUCUCGGAUCCCGAUGAACGUGAGUUCGUCAUAAAGAUUUUGACGGCCGUCGAAGCUCAAGAGUCACUCCAUGCUUUAAGCGCGAACGGUGCCCUCAAAAGUGUCGGUGUUGACCCGAUCCAACCAUGCGAGUACAUGUUUCCGGUGACAGACUUCAAGUCCGCCAUUGUUCUUGCGGCGACCUUUACCGCUGUUGUUCUGGGCACGCUCCAAGAUGCAGUGGAUAACUUUGCCAAAGGCGGGGACAACGGUGUGGCUCGUGAGAUUGCGUCCGUUAUCGGUAACGAGGGAGAGCAGGAGGGUUGGUACCGACUUCUCCAGAAGAAGAUCCCUAACGAGCUGCCAUUCCUGACUACCAGCGUCUUGGACUUCGCUUUCACUGCCGUUCAGGGCUUCACGAUACCUGGGACGUGUCCGAACAUCGAUGAGAUCCCACUGGAGACAUUUGAGCCAUUGACUAUUGUAACUCCACCCGGACCACAGACUCAGGAGAUUACUGUGGCUUUCAAUGCGGAGGACGUUGAGAGCUUGAAAGCUGAGAUUGAUGGAGACGAUGAUGAUGACAAGGAUGACGGGGAACACUGGUGGAUAACUUAUAUCAACCAACUCAACAAGCCGAUUGUGGAAUCGCUGGAGUUCGUAUCACUUGAAGGGGAUACGAUUUUGGCCAACGCACUUUUCCCGUACGAUGAGCAUUUGAUGAAUGGGUUGACCAUUGCCGCUAUCACCGAUAGCCCAGGACCAUUUGCAAACGCGGAUGAGGUUGUCAAUUCAACCGUAUUUGGACCGGGGCUGAUUAUAGUGAAGUAA